GAGCUCUGGGAGAAGGGAGAAGAAUCAGCCCAAACCUCCCUGCUGGGAAUUGCACAAGAAGCAUUCCAGCUGGGGGCAGGGGUCUGUGUGGCUCUGCUCUUUACACAGCUGAAGCUUAAUUGGUACAAAGCUGCCGAUAAGGGUGCACUGUGCAGGGCUGGAGUGAAGGUAGUUCAUGCAGAAGAGCUGAGCAGAGGGAAGAAGUCUCCUGAAUCCGUUCAGCUGCCCAGAUUCCCGGCAGCCCUGGCCGUGGUGGGAGCCCGUCAGCCCCUGGAACGGAGCACGGAGCGGGGCAGGCUGCGUAGCAACUGCUUGGAGAAGUGGAACUCUGCUAUUGCACACGGGGGAAAAUGCCUCUGCUGAAGUUUCUCUAGCUCCAGCUUGGUGAAUAAAGAUCUGUCGCUUUGGAGUUCCUCACGGCAGCUCUGUCACUACUGACUCAUCCAUCUGCUUCAGGAAAAUGUUUGCUGUCCACUUGCUAGCUUUCCAUUUCACAAAGCUAAAAGAGGAUCAAAUAACAAAGGUGGACAGGUUCCUGCACCAGCUGCGCCUCUCUGAUGAUGUCCUGCAGGAUGUGGCAGCUCGUUUCCAGGCUGAGAUGCUGAAGGGGCUGGCCAGGGACACCAACCCCACGGCAGCAGUGAAGAUGCUGCCCUCGUUCGUGCGCUCGCUGCCCGACGGCUCAGAGAAGGGGGAGUUCCUUGCUGUGGACCUGGGGGGCUCCCAGCUCCGUGCCCACCAGGUGAGGGUGUCUGAUGAUGGCAAGCAGAGCAGCCAGCUGGAGAGCAAGUUCUACCCCACACCCAAGGAGGUCACCCAGGGCAACGGAGCUGAGCUCUUUGAUUACAUUGCUGACUGUCUGUCAGACUUCAUGGACACCAGAAACCUGAAGCAGAAGAAGUUGCCUCUUGGAUUUACAUUUUCUUUUCCAUGCAAACAGACCAAGCUGGAUGAGGGGGUUCUCCUUGAGUGGACCAAGCACUUCAGGGUCCGAGGAGUGCAGGGCACAGACGUGGUCAGCUCCCUGCACAGGGCCCUCCAGAAGCACCAGGCAAGUCCAUUGAUGGCAAUUUUUAAGGACAUAGAUGUUGAUGUUUUGGCCCUGGUCAAUGACACGGUGGGAACCAUGAUGACUUGUGGAUAUGAUGACCCGCGCUGUGAAGUUGGACUCAUAAUUGGGACUGGCACCAACGCCUGCUACAUGGAGGAGAUGAGGCACAUCAGCCUGGUGGAGGGGGACGAGGGCAGGAUGUGCAUCAACACAGAGUGGGGGGCCUUUGGGGACGAUGGGGCUUUGGAUGAUCUCCGCACGGAGUUCGAUCGGGAGCUGGAUCUGGGAUCUCUCAACCCUGGAAAACAACUGUUUGAGAAGAUGAUCAGCAGCCUGUAUUUGGGGGAACUUGUGAGACUCAUUCUCCUUAAAAUGACCAAGGAAGGUCUGCUCUUCAAUGGGAAAGUGUCAGCUGCUCUGCUUACUAAGGGCAAGAUUGAAAUGAAACACGUGUCUGCAAUGGAAAAGUACAAGGAAGGCCUGAGCAACACAAGAGAGAUCCUCACAGAGCUGAAGCUGUUUCCCUCAGAGGAGGACUGCGUUGCUGUGCAGCACGUCUGCACCAUCGUCUCCUUCCGCUCGGCCAACCUGUGCGCCGCCGCGCUGGCCGCCAUCCUCACCCGCCUCAGGGACAACAAAAAGCUGCUGAGGAUGAGAACCACUGUUGGCAUUGAUGGGGGGCUCUACAAAACACACCCCAGGUACGCCCAGCGGCUGCACAAGGUGCUGAGGAGGCUGGUGCCCACGUGUGACGUGCGGUUCGUGCUGUCGCGGAGCGGCAGCGGCCGCGGGGCCGCCAUGGUCACGGCCGUGGCCCUCAGGCUGGCAGCCCAGCGCCGCCGCCUCGACGCCGCCCUCGCCCCCUUCCUGCUGCCCCCCAGCACCCUGCAGCAGGUCAGGGACAGCAUGAGGGCUGAGCUGGAGUACGGGCUGAAGAGGGAGGCGCAAGGCCAGGCCACGGUGAAGAUGCUGCCCACGUACGUGUGCGGGAUGCCGGAUGGGACAGAGAAAGGAAAGUUCCUUGCCCUUGACCUUGGUGGCACAAAUUUCAGGGUUCUGCUGGUCAAAAUCAAAAGCGGGAGAAGAAGAUCAGUGCAAAUGUACAACAAAAUUUUUGCCAUUCCUUUGGAGAUCAUGCAAGGGACAGGAGAAGAGCUCUUUGACCAUAUUGUCCAGUGCAUAGCAGACUUUCUGGAUUAUAUGGGGAUUAAAGGUGCUCGGCUUCCUCUGGGCUUCACCUUCUCCUUCCCCUGCAGGCAAACCAGCAUUGACAAGGGAACACUUGUGGGAUGGACAAAAGGAUUCAAGGCGACAGACUGUGAGGGGGAAGAUGUUGUUGAUAUGCUGAGAGAGGCCAUCAGGAGAAGAAAUGAGUUUGACCUGGACAUCGUAGCCGUGGUGAAUGACACUGUGGGGACCAUGAUGACCUGUGGCUAUGAGGACCCAAACUGUGAGAUUGGCCUUAUUGCAGGAACAGGUACCAAUGUUUGCUACAUGGAGGACAUGAAAAACAUAGAAACAGUGGAAGGGAAUGAAGGAAAAAUGUGCAUUAAUACAGAAUGGGGAGCAUUUGGUGACAAUGGCUGCAUUGACCACAUCAGGACAAAAUAUGACAGAGAAGUAGAUGAAGGCUCCCUAAACCCAGGCAAACAGAGGUAUGAAAAAAUGACCAGUGGAAUGUACCUAGGUGAAAUAGUAAGGGAAAUUUUGAUUGACCUAACCAAACAAGGGCUGCUGUUCAGAGGACACAUUUCGGAAUCACUCAGGAAAAGAGGAAUAUUUGAAACAAAAUUCCUGUCUCAGAUUGAAAGUGACCGGCUGGCCCUGCUGCAGGUGCGGCGCGUCCUGCAGCACCUGGGGCUGGACAGCACUUGUGAGGACAGCAUCAUCGUCAAGGAGGUGUGUGCAGCCGUGUCCACCCGGGCUGCCAGGCUCUGCGGGGCAGGGCUGGCUGCUGUCGUGGAGAAGAGGAGGCAGAACCGAGGUGUGGAGAGCCUGCAGAUCACUGUUGGGGUGGACGGGACUCUGUACAAGCUCCAUCCGCAUUUCUCCAGGAUCCUGCAGGAAACAGUGAAGGAGCUGGCCCCUCAGUGUGAUGUGACUUUCAUGCUCUCUGAAGAUGGAAGUGGGAAGGGAGCUGCCCUCAUUACUGCAGUUGCAAAAAGGUUGCACAACGUUGGACAGAAGUAGAAAUGAGAGGCCAAGGAGCCCCAGCCCUGCCAGGCGUGUGCAGCAGGGGUUUGCUGGGUGGUGGUUCCACAAAGCUUUGCCAGCACCAGCACUGGUAGCUUUUAUUGGGGAGCAGCUGGUUUUGACCAACCAGGAUUGUGGAUUUUUGGUAACUUGGUGUUUCUGCUCCUCACUAGAAUUAUGUCUUGGCAUGGCACAGCUCUGUACUUCCUGCAGUGCAUCUCCAAUGCUCGUGGGAGAGUGAAAACAAAACAAAAUCAACCCAAAUGUGUCUUUUUACAACAUCUUAAUUAAGCUGCUGCACCACAAUUGAGUUUAUCACCAGUUUCUUAGGAUUCUGUGCUUAGUUUUGCCUUGCUCUGGCUCGAAGAAUAUUGAGAUUCUGAUGUUGCAUCUCAUCUAGUGGAAUAUUUGUUCAAUGCUUCACAGGUUUUACAAUAAAUUUGGAGGUGAAAUAAAUGAAUGGUCUGUGGUCAGUGAUGCUCCCCCUGCUGCUGCACUGGUUGCAAGUGUAAUGCAACACUCCCCUGAGGACAGGAGGCAUGUUUAAUUAAUGAAUGUAAAGUAAAAAAAUGUGAUUCCACAGAAUAUCAGUUUGUGCCAAAAUGUGUCAGUGCAUCUGAGUCCCAUAAAGCUAAACCAGUGCUGCAUGGAUGCUGACUGUGACUGAUCCUUUGGAUCCUGCAGGAAUCAGAGAAGGUAAAAGGAGCUACAGAGUCUGCAGUGUCUGUGUCAGGGCUACACAGAGGGUAUCAAACAGGCCACCCAAAUAGUGUGUAGAGGGGAAAAAAAAAUCACCCAAAUUUCUGAAAGUCUCCUCUUUGUUUUCCCUCUGUUAUCUUCUUGCGUGUUCCUGAGAGAAUUGUUUCCAUUUUGUGCAAAGGAAGUUUAUCCUUGGUUUUCAUUUUCUGUUGCCUGCCUGUUUGUAGUCUGUUUGUAAAUAAAUCUGUGUUGUUGUGAGCCUUUGCUCCUCUGUCCAGUGCAUCUUCUGAGUUGUGGGAAGAGCAUGCAGGCAAGUGGGAGCUUUCUUAAAUCUAAACCUUUAUACCCAAACCUUCCUUUAAAUCUAAAUGUGUUUGUGUACUCAGCAGCACUGCAGUGAUUGUGAAGGGGGUUUGUGGAUGGAGCCCAUGGCCUUGUGUGACCAAAUGUCCCCGACCUGCUCUACCCAGGAAAAACCAAAACAAUAAUUAGUACAGAGAAGCUGCAAAUCUGUGUCCUGCCUGUUGUCUCUUCUCAAAUAUUCCUGUAUCACUUUUAAUCCUCUCUUUUUGGGUACUUGCUUCCUCGUGGGCUGGCAGCAGAAAGUGGGGCCAAGAAAUGUGCUUGGAGCCUAGUUAGGUCAAAAGUGACUGUGGUGCAGGGGGGUGAGCACUUGGGUUUAUGUAAUGAUCUGUAACAAGGCUGCUGCUGGGUUUAAAUUUAGCAAUCCCAAAUUCAAAAUUGGAAGCUACACCAGACUUUUGCUGUUUUGUAGUUUUAUAAAAAAACCCCAAAAUGUGUCAACAGCUCUGUGUCUGUGUUGGAGUUACUGGAUGGGUAGAAGAUACUUGCAAAUAAUUUCACUUCUGAAGGAAUUCCUCAUAGUGCUGAGCUCACUGUACCAAGUUGUUAUCUCCUAUUACAUUUAAUGUUUUUCUCCUUUUGUCGAGAAACUUAGUGUUUUACUUUAUAUUUCAGAAUCCACAGAGCUGCAGAAGCCAAAGUUUCCUGUGUAAUAAGGGCAGGGAUCUGGAGUGGAAGUUUGUUGCUGGUAACAAACAAGUUAAAUCUGGAGGGGCUGGGUGUAGAAGAAAAAAAAAAAAAUCAGAUAUUGAUGUAACACAGCAUAUCCUGUGCUGAACAGGAUGUGCUGCAGUUCAAUACAUGACAUGGUUAGCCAAUAUAAAAUAAAAUGGAAUUUUUCCAGUUUCACAUCUUA